AUGUCUUUAAAAAACCAGUCUACAUGCAACAGCUCAUCUUGCAAUGAUACGGACAAGCCGGAGAUCUACAAUUCCCUGGGUUCUGCCGUUCCUAUCUUCCUGACUGUCUAUACUUUGAUCCUAAUAUUUGCCGUGGCUGGUAACGCUCUAGUUUGCUACAUCGUCGCGUCAAACCGCAAAAUGCACGAAGUUACGAACUAUCUGUUGGUGAACCUCAGCGUGAGCGAUCUCAUUCAAGCGCUGGCAACUGUGUUUCAAAUCACUGAUUUUGUUGUGAAGGAUUUGAAUUUGGGUACGUAUUUAUACAUUGUAUAUUAAUAGAGAAUUAGUAACUUUCACGCUUAAGGCCAUUGAGCCUUUUUCGAGUUUAGCCCCGGGCACACCCUUUUUGCCUGGGGCAUAAGUGAACAUGUUUUCAUGUUACGAGGGUUAGAAAUAUACAAUUAACAUAAAUUAAAUGUGGUACAAUGGUUAUAUGGUGUAGAGCCUUGAAUUUAUAGUGAAAUUAUGUAAUACUGUUGUGAAACAAAUUACGUAAUUGUUGCAACUACGAGAGUUAAAACUCUUUCUUUAUCAACUAAAGAUGUAAAAUUAUAGUUUAGUUUACAUUUCCUCCUGUAGUAACACUGGAUCAAUAAGAGAUGAUCUUUACUGUAACUCUAGGGAGAACAGUCUAAAAACUGAUAGAGCUCUCCAGUAUAAAUAAAGUUAGUUUAGUUUAGGUUUCCUCCUGUAGUAACACUGGAUCAAUAAGAGAUGAUCCUUACUGGACCUCUAGGGAGAACAGAUUAGAACUGAUAGACAGUAGAUUCAUCAACGAUUCGCAGGAUAUUUUAAAUAUAAAUAUAAUUUAAAUCUCAACAUUAUGUUAUUUUUCAGGUAAUGUAGGUUGUAAGUUUCAAAUCAAUAUGGUGAACAUUCCCUACAGCUCAUCAGUUCUAACUCUGACUGUGAUCGCUAUCGAGAGAUACUGUGCU